AUGGCUGAGAUGCGCACCAGUGGUAAUACAAAUGAGUCGCACUCUGAAUUGGUCUCACAACUUUCGUUCAAACAGAAGUCCGGCCUGGGCCGCUGGUCAGCGUUUUUGGCAGUAGUAGCCAUAGUAGUCAUCGUCGCUUUGGCCAUCGCACUAGGAAUUGUCGCUGGGACAGAUCACAAGGAAAAUGACAGCUCAUCGUCCUCCGCGUCGUCAGAAAUGUCCUGUCAGCUGAGCACACCCGACUGUUUCUCUCACGAGGGUUCGGCAGACAGGAACCUGGACGUAGCUAAAUGUGUGCUGGAAAGCUACCCCCUUAUUGACGGCCACAAUGACCUGGCCUACCAGUACUACAGUAAUGUGGAUAACAAAGUUUACAGUGUCAACAUGCGGGAAGAUCUACGACAGGUCUGGCCAAACGCAUCCGUUCAUACCGAUAUACCCAGGAUAAAGGAAGGGCGACUAGGGGCUCAGUUCUGGGCCUGUUACGUGUCCUGUGAUACCCAGUAUAAGGACGCUGUUCGCCGAUCUCUCGAUCAGUUGGACACCAUUAAAAAGUUUACAAGUAAAUACCCGGAUGUGUUUGAAUUUGUUACCUCUGCCCAAG